AUGUUGUCGUUGAUCAUUCGUUACAAGUUUCCUUUUAGAUGUGAGGACGACUUCCGACGCCUCUGCAUGGAAGAGCGCCUUCCCGGUCAGAUGAUGAAGGAACGGGAUGACCAGGUUGUGAACAGCACUGGUGGAUUCGUUUUUGCGGUGAGUGACGAGUCAAGAGUGCGCAGAUUCAUCAUUCUCGGGACGGCUGGAGGAACCUAUUACAGCUCGGAACAGGAGCUCACCGUCAAAAAUGUUGAAGCUUUGAUCAAAAUAAUUGAGAAAGGUCGUGGAAGCAUGAUUUUGAAGGAGAUCUAUGAAGUGUCUCUUGCUGGUCGUAAUCCCAAACAAGAUCCGCUUCUGAUGGCUCUCGCUUUAUGUGCAAGGCAUGUAAUAUAUUCAUUACUCAAUAUAAACUCACCAAAUGAUUGCAGGUACGAUGUUCGUGGUUCGACUGCAAAAGCACCUCAAUCUGGGGAAGGUGACGCAAGUGUGCUGAGGCGUAAAUAUCUGAGCGAGCUCCACAAGUCUGCCUUCAGCAUAGUAAAUGAUGUAUGUCGCAUUCCAACGCAUUUGUUCACUUUCGUCAAGUAUUGCGAGAUGAUUUCCCAAUCUACUCUAAGCGAGGAAGGAAAAAAAUCAACUGGUUGGGGUCGACUCAUGAGGAGUACUAUCCAGCAGUGGUAUGCAAACAAAAGCCCUGAACAACUAGCCAUGCACCUCACGAAAUAUCCGCAGAGAGGCGGCUGGUCACAUCGUGAUCUUUUCCGUCUUGCUCAUCCAAAAUUAAAGAAAGAAGCCCUACCCGAGAAUCUUUUGGAGUACGAACAGUUGUACCACUUCGCCGUGAAAGGAGAUCUGAAAACUCGUAAACGAAACCUAUCGAAGGAGGACGCGGAGCUCGAACAACCGGCAAGUAAAUACAGCGCUCUUCAAAUGGAUGUUGAGCUUGGGAGCAGGGCGCUCGAUCUCGUAGAAACGGUUCUUGCUUUGAAAAACGAGAAGGAUGAAGCGAAAGUCGUUGAGGCUAUAAAGAGACAUGGGCUGGUACGGGAGCAUUUACCAACAGAGAUGCUAAACUCGGUUGCAGUGUGGCAGGCUCUUCUGGAAAAAAUGCCAAUGACAGCGAUGAUUAGGAAUCUUGGCAAAAUGCAAUCAAUCAAUGCUUUGACAGGUAAAUACCGCGACAUAGUGAUUGCCAAGCUCACCAAUGAAGCGGAAUUGAAACGGGCAAAGAUUCAUCCUAAUUCCAGAUUGGCCAAGCUCUGGAGGAUGCCUUCUACAAAUCAUUUUUCAACGCUCCACCCACGAAUAAGCAAGCGAUAUUGUUUUGCUUUUGACGUCUCAGGAAGUAUGUGUAGCUUAAUCUCCGGUACAAUGUUGUCCUGUCGUGUUGCCUCUGCCGCACUGUCACUUGUUAGUCUGAAGAACGAGAAAACUGUGGAGUGUGUCGGGUUUUGUGACAACCUGAUCGAGCUACCAUUUAAUGGAGACUGGACACUUUCCAAGAUCGAAGAUUACAUGGACAGAUUGCCG